GUGACCCGAAUCGUACGAUAGACAGCAAGUCUAUGAAGAGAGGCGUUGGGGACUGGAGAGGUGUUCGGCAUAAGAUCGUGAUGCGAGGCAAUCCCCUUCCCUUCUCGCCUACGCCCAACUCUCUCUCCUCCUCGCCCUCUCGCCGCCGCCGCCGCCGCCGCCCUCCUCAGGUGGCGCCUCGCGCGCUUCCGGCAGUGGCCCGACGGCUUCGUCAUUUCCCAGGUCCAAACCCUAACGCUUUCUUGGCUGAUCUCCGACAGAGCGGGUGUUACUGGUACCCUUCUCGAUCUCAUCGUUUCUUGGGCACGGAGAUCUGUUGACCGUGCCAUGGGGGGAUUCGCCCAAACAAUUCUGUUUUACAUUUCAAAGAGCAGGAAUAUGGAUUGGGGUAGAAGUGUAGGGGCAUCGGCUUCCAAAUGCAGUCGAGAUUCUUCUUGAGGACCGUCAUUCGUGUCAUAAAUGGACAUGCUUGUUCAUUCUGCAUUCGCUGGAGCCGAUGAGAGUAAUUAUGCCGGUGCUCUUAAUCUGACAAAUAUCUCCUCCUCUCCUUAUCAUAAUGUGGAUAAGACCGGAUGUUACAAGUCUCAGUGGCUGAGAAGGAAGCGCAGUCACUUGGAUGUCUGCAUCUUUCAGGGUAGCACUGUGGAACGAUGCACUGAACCGUUGGAUCACAUACCAACUCACCAAGAAAUAUUUUUAUGUGUGGAGAUAAAAGUCUAUAUCCAAUUCUGGAAUUCAUCCACAUCAGUGUGUGUCGGCAGAUCAUGGUGGCGAGUAUCACAAGGCCAAUUUGAAAUUCUCUUCAGUUAUUCCCAAGAUGUUCCAUUAUUUAGCCAAAUUAUGUGGAGACUGGCAUGCAUCGAGUAGUUGUCAAACGGCAGGCACCAUGGGUCAGAAACCUCGCCUCUGCCUUCGG